UUGUCGGCGGACCCAGUUUGGUGCUAGCUGCGGGCCUGUCAACAUCAAAUUACGCGGAGUUGUCAUCGUCUCAAAAAAAUCACACUUCCCACCCCACAUGGACCGCCAUUCGUGCAAAUACUAACUAAAUUAUCAGUGGAAUAUUUAUCUGUAAACUACCACCCUCUCUCACUACAAUAACGUGGGAUAAAUAGAUAAGUAGAUAACAAAGAAAUUGAAAAGAAGCCGAUAUCCUGGUUAAUACAGUUGAAUCCAAAGAAUUUUUUCAAAUAUUAAAGGUGUUAGAUAAAUAGAUAAGUAGAUAACAAAUAAAUUGGAAAGAAGUAUAGACUUUUGAUAAUUGUGAGAUUCUAUAACCUGGAUUCAGAACUAUUCAAGGAUUCAAUUUGAAGUGAUUUCGUCGCUUGUGUUGAAAAGUUGGAAUCAUCAACUACUGGCUGAAGUUUGAACGAUGGAUAAGUGAAAAAUAGUCGCCAUCAAGCGUUGGUGCAAUCGAAUAUGGCGCCAAAUACACCGAGCACGGCUGCCAACAUUCCAACUCUCAUCAAGCUACGCCUGCAUCAGCAGUGUACCACCACACUGUGCUGGGCACUGUUGGCAGCCCUGAUCACGUGUCCACUGGAUGUUGCUCCGACAGUUUCACACAAGCUGCCCACAGGUGUGCCCAUGACGUCACAGCAAUCGUCUUCAAGAGCAUCAGCAGCCAAUCAGAAGGCAGGGGGCGUGGCCAACCAGCUAUUGACCAAUGCAGUGCCGACCGCUGAGAUGAGGCCACGCCUACAGCAGAGGCCUUAUUUCGAUUUGCCGGCUGGAAAUGUGUCAUGCAUCGUCGGACAGACAGUCACACUGCUGUGUCGCGUCAGACAUGUCGGCGACAGAACGGUGUCGUGGAUGCGUAAGCGGGAUCUUCACAUCCUGACCAGUAACAUUUUCACAUACACGGGAGACGGUCGCUUCAGUGUGUUGCACCCGGAGUCAAGUGAUGACUGGAACCUGAGGAUAGAGUAUGUGCAGCCACGUGAUGCCGGCAUUUACGAGUGUCAGGUCAACACAGAGCCCAAACUCAAUCUGGCCACAUUCCUCGAUGUUGAAGACACUACGGUUGCUUCGGGAUCACCUCUACGUCCCGGAACGCCAGCUGUCCUCACUCAAGCAGUGGGCCAAGCGUCCAUAGCGGGUGCGCCGGAGGUGUUCGUGAAACGAGGCAGCACCAUCUCGCUGUUGUGCACCGUCAGCACCAAUCAGCGCACAGGUGCAGUCACGUGGUACCAGGGUUCGAGUCUGAUAGACUUCGACGCACCACGCGGGGGCAUCGCCCUGGAGACGGAGCGUACAGACGCAGGGACCACCAGCAAACUGCUGGUGACCCGUGCCGAAAUGGCUGACUCUGGCAACUACACUUGUCUGCCCGCGCAUGCGCGGCCCGCGUCUGUCUACGUUCACGUGCUCAAUGGGGAACAUCCGGCAGCGAUGCAGCAUGGUGAACACGCAUCUGCCUCAUCCAAAUUGGUGGCAUGGUCUAUCACCCUGCUGUCAGCCAUUGGCGCAAUAACCGACCUGUUAUGACAGCUCUAUUCCAUGGUCUCCCAAGUCUUUCUAUUUUGCCUGUUCAUUUCCAGAAAAAUAUCUUCCUUAAUUAAUUCUCCAUAAACUAUUAGCAUUUUGUUAAUACUUUGUAUACAUUUCGAGUGAAUAAAGUUUGAUUUGAAUU